AUCUUGCGAUAACUUCUUGAAACCAACUCCAAACUAAUCCACUGUCCACUUUACAUUUCACUCCCUUACUUUUAUCAAAUAUAUGAUGCCAAAUACCUCUUCUCGCUAUAUAAAAGACUCCCAUUAUAAUUUUCUUUUAAUCCCUUUAUUUGCUCUCUUUAAUGGUUAACAAUAUAACCUUUUUGUAUCUCAUUCUUAAAAUUGAAUUAAAUCAAAUAAAAAAAAUAAAAAUAAAUGAUCUCCAAGAAUAACCUCACAAAUGAUCCACAUCGUUCUGAUGAUAUUAAUCACAUUCAUGCUAAUAACACUGAUAAUAUUAACCAUUUUAGUAUCGAUGAUCAAAUUGGUAAAACUGAUCUCAAAGAUACGGUUUCCAUCACUAUUCAAAACAUAAUAACUCUUGAUAUCACUAACGACGUUCAAUAUCUCUCCCAGAUCUUUAUAAACACUCCAAAAGACCAUAUAAUCGAAGUACUAUCCACCUUUGAAGGCGAUAUUAACAAAACAAGUGAUUUCCUAUCAAACGAAAUCCUAGAUGAUUCCGAUAUUCUUUUAUUAAUGGAAGCCUUUCCAAAUGUAUCAAAAGAAAAAAUCAAUAAAUUUUACCAACUAAAUGAUACUAACAUUCACAAGACCUCAAAUCAACUAAUUCUCUUCCAAAAUACGCUUAAAGAUGAUAUCAUAAAUAAUAAAAACAAUAAUAAUAACAAAAAAAACAAAAACAAAAACAAAAUUACCAUUAACAAUAACAAUAACAAUAACAAAUCUAACAACAAUUCAAAAUCAAAAUUUAAUUAUAAAAACAGAAUUUUAACCACUAAUAACAGAGGAAUUAAUGUUUUUAAUCUUGAUUCUGCAGAUUCUUAUAACUCUGAUACUUUAAAUUCAAAUUCAAAUUCAAAUUCAAAUUCAAAUUCAAAUUCAAAUCUUAAAAACUGGUCUGGAAUAAAUACCCAAUUGGAAAUUAUAUCAAAUCUACUAAAUUUGCCAAUUAAAUCAUGUUCUUAUCAUUACUAUAAAAAUCGUAAUGACCUUUCUAAAACACUAAUUGAUAUUAUUAUGAAUAAAGAGUCUCUUGCCUCCAAAUCAACAUCUCCCAUGAAACCAGUUUUACCCUCAAUUUCAAAAAUUCCUCAUGAUUUUCCAACAAACUAUCCACCAUCUUGUUAUAACCCUCAAACUCCUUUGAAUUCUUCUAAGGAAAUUUCUCAAAAUGAACAAAAUCAUAUUUCGAAAUUAGAAAAAACCAAAAAUCAGCAAAAACAUAAAAAAAUAAUAAUCAAAGGAAGUAGAAUUCAAGAUAGAAAAAAAAUUAAUAUUCAUCUGGACAUUUGCAAUGGUUCUACUAAGAUCAAUCAAAUCAAUGAGGUAACCAAUGAUUUGAAUAAUUUAAAAUUGAAAGAUUCAAAGUUCAAUUAUAUGUUUGGGUCAAAUUCAUCAAAUUAUAAAUAUAAUCCUAAUAGUGAUGAAUCAAUCAAGAUACAAGAAUUUUUAACUCAAAAUCCUGAGAUUAGUAAAUUAAAUUUACCAUUUCAAUUUUAUCAAAAUGCAUUGGAACAUUUCAAUGGCAAUUUUUUAUCUGUUAUACAAUUAUUGAUUGGUAUAUAUGAAAAUCAAAGGAUUGAUCGAAUUUAUGAUAAUCAAAUCGAUUUGUCUUAUAAAUCAAAUAAAGCAGAAACCAAAAAAAUUAAAGACUCUAAGACAAACAGAAACAGUUUAAGUGACUCAACAGUAUCAUUUUGUUCAAAGGACAUUAGAAAGUUGAAUAAUGAAAUUCAAUAUCAUCAGCUUCAACACCAAAAGCUUUCAAAUAAAAUCGUUAAUGAAAAAAACGGUGCUUAUAAAAGUUAUCUCAACUCAGAGCUAUCUAAAAAUUUAAAUCAAAUAGAUACAUUGCAACAAAACUCUCAAGAUUUAUUAAAAACAGAGAGAAUGAAACAUUUCAGAAAAAGUUUACGAAUCGAUUUGCAUGGAUUUAAUUUAGCAAAAUCUCAAGAAAUCACUAAAGAAGCAUUGUCAGAAUGGAAAUCGAUGGAGUUUGAACUAAGAGAAAAAAAUGGCAAUAUGUCAAAGAAUAAAUAUUACAAUUUUGUUGGUCCAUUAGUUAUUGUAACAGGGAGAGGUCUUCAUAGUGACAAAGGAUAUUCUAGAAUCAGAAUUUUAACCCGGAAAUAUUUAGAGGAAAAUGGUUAUUGUUUCACUGAAAAUUUUGGUGAAUUUGAAGUUACUGGAAACAAAAAAUCAUAAUUGGUAUCAUUUUUAUUUUUAUGCAAAAAAAAAAUUGUGUUAUUGAAGUCAUCUUUUAGGAAUUAAAAUGAAAUAUACUUUAUCGAUAAAUUUCUGCGCAGCACAAUGAAACAAAUCAAUUUUAAAGUUACCAAUACAGAUUAAUUGAACUUUACAGAGUGAUCUACUAAAAUAUGUUUUUUU